AUGGAAGGCCGAGGCUUGACCCUGCGAAGCAAGUCUCGCCGGCAACGCCCGCAGAUCAGUGCUCCCAAACCCAUUUCCGGCCCCUUGCCCGCCAAUACCAGAUCCCCCGAUCCCGGUCAAGCCGCCGUCCCCGCGGGCCGCGACCGAGCUCCCCAGAGCGAUGCCACGUCCGAUCUGGUGAAGCGACGCUACUCUACCAGGUUUAACGCCGCCCCCGACUUCGAUGUCAGUGCUCCACCGAUCCCCGCCCUCCCGACUGCGGCACAAGGUGGUUAUGGUGGCCUGGGUGCCCCAAUCCCGGCCUCCAAACAACUGUCGCCGGCCGAAGGGGCAGCACCCGCACCCGUGGUCGAUCUGAACGCUUUGCGAGACCCCAGUCUACCGGUGGAACGAUAUGUCGCCAACCUCCUUGCCAACGCGUCCGAGGAGGAGAUCCAGAAUUACCAGGACAAACUGCGAAAAGUCAAGAACCGAACGUCGACCGACCUCCAGCAGAAUGUGUAUCAGAACCGCACACAAUUCAUCAAGAUCAGUAGAGAGGCGGAGAAGCUCAAGGAUGAAAUGCGAACGCUACGUACCCUGAUGUCCGAGCUCACGAGUGCACUGGGUCAGACCUCCGUGGGCAACACGCCCAAUCCAAUGUCGCCGGCAGAUGAUCAUUUUCCCAAACGCAGCUCGAACCGCAGCUCCGUUGCCAACCUGGAGAGCAUGUGGAGCGUCCAGUUGCAGACCUUGUGGAAAACCGUCGAAGGCUCCCAGAAAUUCCUGCCGGCGGUUCCGGGUCGACAUAUCGUGUUGGAGACGGGCAAUUGGGCUGAGCUGGAUUCGGCAACCUGGAAGCCAAGACGUCCCGUCCACAUUGUCCUGUUGAACGAUCAUCUGCUGGUGGCUGCAAAGAAACGCAAGCGAGUCGACCAGAAUAACCCCAACCACCGAGGACCCGUGCCGACCAAGCUCGUGGCAGAGGAGUGUUGGCCGCUGCAGGAUAUCGACAUGAUUGAUUUGGCCGCUAACCUGGGCACGGGCGCCGCGCGAGAAGAAGCCCUGGAUCGCGGCAUUGGGAACGCGAUCAGUAUUCGGGUCGGAACCAAGCCGUUUACCUACCGUCAAGACAAGCGUGACACGUCGACCAAGAACGAACUUUUGGCGACAUUCCGAAAGACGGUGGAGGAUCUGCGACGAACCCUACGUACAGAAACCGAGGCUGCCUCCAAGCCUCUAGAGGCGUAUGGGUACCUCGCCGGGCGCCACAUGUCGCCAUUGCUCAAAUCCGAACCCUUUGACCUUGGGGAUGGCCCUCGCGAUAAGUCCGAACUGCGCAUCGAUGUCGAUGGCAAGCAGCAGAACCUCCGGUGGGUGGAGGGACAGGUGGACGAGUUGGACAUUGACAUCGCACUGCAAAGGUUCGAGGCGGCGGUAUCCAGUAUUGAACGACUGCGAAAACUCGCAAAGGGACUCAAGGGAAACCCUGUCGCCCAGGAGGUUAUCAAUACCAAGGUUGACGGACGAGCCACACGGUUGGCAGGCAUGCUUUCCCGCGCCUUGGUGGACACGCACUCGUUUCCGGCGACAACCAAAACGAACGUCACCUGGCUGAGCCGCUUGGGUUUCGAGGAUCAGGCGCGCGAGACGUACCUCAAAGCACGAUCUGACGUGAUUGCCAAACGCAUCCGGGCCUGCGUCUUCGAGGGCGACCUCCCACUUUACAUUUUUCAAAUUUCAUACGUCUACUUCUCGCUCAUCAAGAACACCAUUAGCAUCUACCAACAGUGCUUCCCGGGCGUCAUGACCAGCUCUUGUAUCCGCUGGGCCAAGCAUCAUCUGGAUGGAUUCAAUGCUCUACUCAGCCGCCAGCUCAGCAGUGUACAACGCGGCACCUCGGUCUGGCAGAAGUGUCUCGACAUUGUUCGCGAGCAUGCCGACCUGUUGACAGAGGUAGGUGUCGAUUUCACCGAUUUGGUGGCACGGGGCCUGGAGGAAAACGGCGAACUGGCUCCUGUUGGUCGAACUGUACAGCCGGAUAAGGUGGUGGCGGCCCCGGCGCCCUUCACCCCAGUACUUUAA